UUAGUAUGCAUUCUUUGUAAUCAUGAAUAUACAAACGGUGCUUCUCUUUCGAGUUUAAAAAAUCAUUUUAAAAUGAAACAUCGAGAAGAGUUUUCUAAAGUUCCCGAGUUUUAUUCACCAUUUAAGAGGCUUAUUAAUCAAGGUUUAAAUUCAAAUCUUGAGGAAGAUG